CGUUUGACGUUAUUUUUAUUUUUAUCCUAAUUAUUAACAUCAAUUUAUUGGCCAAUUCGUCCUAGAAAAAAUAGGCAUUAUGAUCAUCAGAUUACCUUCAAAACGAUGCAGCCUUCUUAUUGGAGUAGUUGCAUUAUUGACUACCACAGUGUUGUCUCUAUUCAUAUAUUGGCAAUUCUACGUCAAAAACGAAAUUCAAGACCCUGAGUUUCCCCAGCCACCGUCAAGUUUGCCAAUGGGAGUGUACAGCAAGGUCGGCGUUGUGUCUAACGGUGGACCCUGCUCACAGAUCGGAGUGGAUGUGAUGUCAAGAGGUGGAAAUGCAAUAGAUGCAGCUAUAGCUACUUUGUUAUGCGAUGGUGCAGUUUGUCCACAGCAGAUGGGUAUUGGUGGCGGGUUUAUAAUGAGCAUUUACAACGCAACGACCAAAAAGGUAAUGACAAUCAACGCACGUGAAACAGCUCCGGCCGCAGCAAAUACAUACAUGUUUGUAAAUGAACCGACAAAAUCUAUGUACGGAGGAAAGGCGGUUGCAAUUCCAGGGGCCCUUAAAGGCUACUCGACGAUUUAUAACUUAUACGGUGGUGGAGUAAAAUGGGAAACAUUGUUUGAUCCAACCAUAAAACUAUGCGAAGAGGGUAUAACGAUCAGUAAUCAUUUGGAUUAUAGCUUAAAAUUUGAUGAAGAUUUGGUUAAAAAUGAUACAAUGCUCAGAAACAUUUUUUUCGACGAAAACAGUGGAUCCAUGAAGACGGCAGGUGAAACUUAUAAGUUACCGAAAUUAGCAGAAACUAUGAAAAUCUUAGCAAAAGAAGGUGUAAAAGCCAUAUAUAACGGAUCGUUAACAUCUAAAAUAGUUCACGAUUUAAGAAAAGCUGAUGGAAUUAUCACGAAACAAGACUUAGCCGAUUAUAAGGUUGAAAUCGAAGAAGCUUUUUCAGUGAAUUUAACAAGUGGACAUACAAUACAUUUAGGGCCACCACCUGGUUCUGGUAUAAUAUUAGCUUAUAUCCUCCGUAUAUUAGACGGUAUUCUACCGGCUCCUGAUGUUGGCUUAGACGAACAUCGGUUGGUAGAAGCUUUUAAAUUUGGGUAUGGUGAACGAUCGCACUUAGGAGACCAUCAAUUCAUUAACGUAUCACAAAUUUAUAAUAAAGUAAAGUCGGAUAGUUACAUCGAGAGUAUAAGAAAUAAGAUUCUUGAUGAUUUUACGUCGUUAGAUCCGAGAUACUAUGGAGGUGAUUUUUAUACUCCAGAAGACCAUGGGACAGCCAACAUAGUUGUAACCGAUUCAAUGGGAAACACUGUCGUAUGUACCAGUACAAUAAAUACAUUUUUUGGAAGUGGUUUCGUGUCACCAAGCACUGGCAUCAUUUUUAACAAUCAAAUGAACGAUUUUUCUACUCCUGGACUAACAAAUUUUUACGGAAUUCCAUCGUCACCAGCCAAUUACAUAAAACCUGGAAAACGACCAAUGUCUUCUAUGUGUCCGACUGUAUUUACCGACAAAAAUGGUGACUUUGUUCUUGGAGCGGGAGCAGCUGGAGGAUCAAAAAUAACUCUUACUACAGCAUACAUGGCAGCCCAUAAAUUAUGGUAUAAUAAUACGCUGAAAGAAGUAUUGGAUAAACCUAGAAUUUACCAUCAACUUGUACCUAUGGAAAUUCGAUAUGAAUAUCGAACGACAAAGAAUGUUGUGCAAAAACUUAAAGAAAUUGGCCAUCCAGUGACUAGAAUGCAUUAUAUUGAAGGUUCAGCAGCAUCGGCUAUUAGUAUAUCCUCUUCAGGAAUGAUCGAAGCUAUGACAGAUUUUCGUCGGCCGGGAAAUACAUCGGGAUAUUAA